GAAACACAGCUCAUUGUUGGCAAGUGCCGAUGAGCCUCGCAGAGGAGUGAAAAACAGCUCUGGGGCUGCGGCAGCGAUCACAGCGCCGUCACGUAAGCGCCGAGGAGAGAGCCGGGGAAGCCCUCUCUAUGCUGGGUGACUUUUACUGACUGAUUUCACCGCCACCUUUGAAGCAAAAGAAGAAAGAAGCCGGGAGGUGGGCAAUGGCAGACCACAUGAUGGCCAUGAACCACGGGCGAUUCCCCGACGGAUCCGGCGGGCUUCACCACCACCCCGCGCAUCGGAUGGGCAUGGGGCAGUUUCCCACCCCCCAUCACCACCACCAGCAGCAGCAGCCGCCGCAGCAGCACGCCUUCAGCGCCCUCAUGGGCGACCAUAUACAUUACGGAGCUGGGAAUAUGAACGCGAGCACCGGGGUGAGGCACGCCAUGGGGCCGGGCAGCGUGAGCGGAGGGCACCCGGCCGGCAGUAUGCCGCCCCCCGCCCGCUUCAGCGGCUCCCAGUUCAUGGCCCCCCCCGUCGCCAGCCCGGGAGGGCAGCUGAGCGCCAGCAUGCAGCUCCAGAAGCUGAACAACCAGUACUUCAGCCACCACCCUUACCCCCACAGCCACUACAUGCCGGACUUGCACCCCGGCAGCCACCAGCUGAACGGCAGCAGCCAGCAGCAGCAUUUCAGGGACUGCAACCCCAAGCACGGCGGCGGUGGCAGCGGCUUGCCGCCCGCCGUCCCCCACGUCCCCGCGGCAAUGCUGCCGCCCAAUGUCAUAGACACUGACUUCAUCGACGAGGAGGUCCUCAUGUCCUUAGUCAUCGAAAUGGGGUUGGAUCGCAUCAAGGAGCUUCCCGAGCUGUGGUUGGGACAGAACGAGUUUGACUUCAUGACAGACUUCGUUUGCAAACAGCAGCCCAGCAGGGUAAGCUGCUGAUUCAUUUAAAACAAACAAAGGACUUUCUAUCGGUGCGAAUGAAAACAUUCCCCUAGACACGGUGUCUCACUUUUCAGGGCUUGAAAAGGUGAGAAUCUGGAAAGCAGAGUCAACUAUGCGCUUGUAUAUUUUUUUUUUUUCUUAAAUCGCUGCCACUUUUUUUGUAGCUUUGACAUUCACGUCCCCUCCCGUAGUAAUAAUUUCUAGCGAAGUCUGCCUUUUUUUGUUGGUCGCCCCCCUCCCCUCCUCUUUUAAUUUCCUCGCAGUAACGUGCCCAUAAUUCCCACAGUGCUGAACUGUUAGAUAUUAAUCUUGGCAAAUUGCUUAAUCUUGUGGAUUUUGUAAACGAUUAUUUCCAAUUACUUGAACUGCAUUCAAAUUCUGAGUGAACAGGGGAAAAAAAUUGCAUUAGUUGGUUGCAUGAACUUUGAAGGGCAGAUCCUACUGCACAAAUGCUGCCAUCUUGCUUAAUUUUUAACUAUGCAUUGCAGUGCAGACUAUUUUUUUUUUUGAAUACGCUUAAACUGGAAGCUUAACAGAUGUGGGCCAAACCUUUCCAGAUCAGGAAAAGUAAUACUGUUACUUAAAAGUCUGCUACCCAUUCCCCCUCCCCCAUAUGUACAGACAAUAAUAUGGUGUGGAUGGAAUGUUGACUAGUGGCAACCAUUUCACAGAUUUUUUUUUUAAUUAUUAUUUUGUUUCUGUCUUCAGCAUUUUGACACUGUGCUAAUAUAGUUUAUUCAGUACAUGAAAAGAUACUACUGUGUUGAAAGCUUUUCAGGAAAUUUUGACAGUAUUUUUGUACAAAACAUUUUUUUGAGAAAAUAUUGUUAAUUUAUUCUAUUUUAAUUUGCCAAUGUCAAUAAAAAGUUAAGAAAUGCUUUAGUUUUUCUAGAAGUCAUUUACCAGUAUUUUUCUUCAAAACAAUUCCCCACUGUCCCUGGUAAGUAGAACAUCUAUCUGUACAACCGUGUUGGUGUGCAAAAAGACAUUCCAAAAUAGAAAGUACACUACACCCAUAUAUAUGUCAUGGUGAACUCGGUAGGUGAGCGGGAUUUGAACAUAAUUACAGCAUAAAGCCUCAUACAUAACAUUGUAAUAUGCCUGUCAGUGUGGUUUUAUGAAAAAUAAAGUUGCCAAGGCGCAACUUUUUUUGUGACUUGCCAACAUACUUGCUUUAAAUGUAGUUGUCCAGAGUUAUGAUGCAUAAAGUAUUUAUUAUAUUUAUCUAUUAAACUUGUAAUUUUA